AUGUCGAGGACUCUAGUCAGCCAUGUCGUUAGUAUAGAGAUUAGUGAUGGAAGAGGAUCGAUGGAGACAAAGGAUGGAGGUCACGAAUCAGACCUUCGAUUAACUAUUGCGCAAGUGGCGUUUCUGGUUCCGAGCCUAGGAAGUAAGAUUCCUAAUACUUUUUGUCUUAAUUGGACUAACACGUCUGCAGUAGUUAAAUCUCUACUCAUGAUGCCGUGUCGAAAUUGUCUGGUGGUUUUUUUCAUUGGCCUUUCCAUAGCCAUGUGGAUAGUGACGGAUGAACUUCGGGAAUGGUGUCACAGAGAGUGGAAAUUCUAUAAACACGCUUCACAAAUGCCUGGACCACCGGCUCUUCCGUUCGUAGGAAACGCGUUUUGGUUUGCCUGCCGUGGCGAUGAGCUGCUGAACCGGAUUAUUCAACUGUGUCAGCCGUACGAUGAUCCUUUUCGUCUCUGGAUGGGACCGAAGUUAAUCGUGGUGGUCAAAAACCCUCGAGAUAUCGAAGUAGUCCUCAACAGCAGCACUGCAACGUACAAGCCAUUCGAAUACCGUUUUUUGGCGGCAUACUUGGGUCAAGGUCUCGUUACUGAAUCAGGUUCCAUCCACAGAGCACAUCGUAAAGUGAUAAUGCCGAUGGUAAAUGGCAAGCCAUUGAAUGCGUUUGUCGAUUGCUUUGACCGACACAGCCGGCGUUGCGUUGAGCGCUUGGAGAGUAAAAUCGGUGCAGGGGAAUUCGAUAUAAUGCACUACAUGGACGAUUGUACGUUUGACAUGGUUUUGGAAACUAUAAUGGGAACUCCUGGGACAUCUCAGCAUGACGGAUACAAGGGCUUCAUUCACUACUCCACAAAGGCCAUUACGCUGGCUCAUGAGAGAGGGAUGAAAGUUUGGUUGUAUCCCGAUUGGUUAUACGCAUGCACAAUUCCUGGUCGACAAUUCGCCAAUGCAAUGAGCAUUCUGCACGACUUUGCAUCAUCUCUCGUCACAAAAAAAAAGGAAGAGUAUCAAGCGUUAAAGACGAAUUCUGAUGCUUCGGUAAAACCGGGAACAGCGGUUCUAGAUCGGCUGACAGCUUACAAUGAAGAGGUAGAACGCAUGGACGACAUUGCGCUCAGAGAUGCAAUAUCAAAUAUCUGGAUUCCGGCACAAGACCCAACAGCUCUGACUAGCUCGUUCCUUUUCGUGAUGCUAGGAAUGCACCCGGAUGUUCAGGAUAAAGUUCGAGCCGAAGUGCGCGAAAUUAUCGGAGAUGCAGAUGUCACUGUGGAAAAACUUGCAAGGCUAAAGUACUUGGAAUCGGUGAUCAAAGAAACCAUCCGUCUGUUUCCGGUGGGGCCAAUAAUAUUGCGCGAAGCGACAGAGGACUUGGUUUUCGAAUCGUGCGUUGCACCGAAAGGCUGCACCCUCGCUUUGGUCGUGUAUGAGACGCAUCGCGAUCACAAGUACUGGAAAGACCCGGAAAAGUUCAAUCCUGACAGGUUCGCACCAGAGAAUUCGAUCGACAGACAUCCAUAUGCUUUCGUGCCUUUCAGCGGUGGCAUUAGGGGCUGCAUUGGGCGACAGUACGCCAUGAUGGUGAUCAAAACAAUAACAGCUAGAAUUGUUCAGGACUACAGACUAAGCUGUAAUAGAUCAUUAGACACGUUACCACUGAAAGCCGGUGUAUCUAUCCGGUCUAUAGACGGUUACAACGUGGCAAUAACGAAACUGUAA